ACUGACGUGAGCGUUUGGAAUUUCCCUGUCACAUGAGGUCGACGAGAGGAAGUUGUUACGUUGUGUACUUUUACAGCGUUGGUCUAAGCCUAGAGAUUUUAGUGGCAGUCUUGAUGUGAAGGAGAGGACAGGAGAAAAGCUAUGAUGAUGUUCCUGCUGUUUCUGGGGACUUUGCAGAUCGUGGCUGUGACUAUCAGUGCCUCACCAUUGUUGUUUGACCCAUUGCUGACUGAAGGCUGGGAGAAAUGGAAGAUGCUUCACCAGAAACAGUACGCAGAGAUUGAAGAUGAUGUUCGGAGAAUGGUGUGGGAGAAAAACUUCAGAUUUGUGGAAAAUCACAAUUUGGAGUACUCGCUGGGUAAACACAGCUUUAAUCUUAAGAUGAACCAGUUUGGAGACUUGACCUUGGAGGAGUUCACUGAGCAGAUGAAUGGAUUCCGUCUCUUUAAAUCCAGGAACUCAUCCCGGCCACUUGCAAAGAUCCCUGAACUUGCUGAGAUUCCCAACAGUGUGGACUGGCGUGAUGAGGGAUAUGUCACUCCAGUGAAGAACCAGGGUAGCUGCGGCUCAUGCUGGGCUUUCAGCUCAACGGGAGCGUUGGAGGGACAGACCUUUAGAAAGACCGGAAAACUCAUCCCAUUGAGUGAGCAGAACCUGGUGGAUUGUUCACAAGCACAGGGGAAUCAUGGAUGUGGUGGUGGAUGGAUGGAAGAUGCCUUCUUGUAUGUACAUGAAAACAGUGGGAUUGAUUCGGAGGCUGGGUACCCAUACACAGGCCAAGAUGAUCCCUGUAAUUAUAACAUCAAGUACAAAGCUACCAACUGCACCAAUUACUUUUUUGUUAACCAAGGUGAUGAAAUCGCUUUAGCUCAAGCAGUUGCGAAAAUUGGACCUGUAUCUGUUGCUAUUGAUGCCACUCAUCAGUCUUUUCAGUUUUACCACACAGGUGUUUACUACGAACCCAAUUGUAAUCCUUAUAUUAUGAGUCAUGCUGUUCUGGUUGUUGGAUACGGAAGAAAAUCUGGUUCAAAGUACUGGAUUGUUAAAAACAGCUAUGGUGUCGAAUGGGGAAACAAAGGCUACAUCUUAAUGUCCAGAAAUAGGAAAAACAACUGUGGGAUUGCAACACAUGCUGUCUAUCCACAGGUUUAAAGUUGGCCAAAGAGAGUCUGAGACGGCAGAGGUUUCUGAGGCCAAAGGUUCCCAACCUUCUUUUUAACUUUUCACUACAUUUUACAGUUUUAAUUGGAAUCUCAGCCUGUUAUUUCCUGUGUUGUUGUUGAUAUAAAAAUGCCUUGACCUGAGAUUGCACUUAUAUAUGGCCCGAAUGGGAGAAUUGAACAGUCUGAAAGAUAUUGACUGCUGAACAAGGGUUUGUCAGCUGGAGACUCUGGUUAAGUACUUCAAGACCCAGCACACAGUCCUGCUGGUCAGGGCUGUAUUCCCCUCACUCCUGUUUGAAUUGGGAGCCCUGUUAAUGUUUCUGAAUGUGUCAUCCAGAGACAAGCAUCAUAGGAGGGCAAAGCUGGGUUAAUUGCUGCUGUUAGCACGUGGUUCUGGUGCUCAGAAUACCAAACGGUGCUCCCAUCUUAAGUCAAUCAACAUUCGCCAAAUCCUGAACCUAGUGUUGAUAAAAGGCAACUCCCACCCUCCAGGCCUCUGCGUCAAGCCUUCUACUACAUGUUUAUAAGUAACAAUAAAUGUAUGAUUUCCAAUAAACUUUGAGUGCUUUGA